GGAGCGGGAUGGACGCCUCCUGGACGCCGCCUCCUUCCGUCCAUGUCCGUCACCGCCUCGCUGGGGCUUCAUGCUCUGCCCUGAAGCUCGUGCUCACUGCUGCCCACACCUGCUAUGGGACAGACGGCUGGACACCAGGCUGGUUGGCCAGGGGAGGGCUCGGCAGGAUGGCGGCUCGGGUUGGCCCGUGGAUCAAAACGACGUCCCCACUCGAGAGGUUUCUUUGCAGCCACCCCUGCUCUCCCUGCCCCAGCAGCCGACCGGUGGCUCUUUCAGGGGCACGGCGUUGGGAGCAGGCCACACGCCAAAGGAGGUCACCUUGAGGCGGACUUGUUGUCUGCGGGAGACUGAUGUGGGACCUGUUCGCCAUCAUGGCUCGCCCCAACUGUCCUUGUCGCUCAUGGGGUCACAGCCGACCGUGGUUCUUACAGCUUGCUGGGCGGCCAGUCAGGGUAACCUGAGGGCAGAAUUGACCCUGCGGGUCAGGUCCCGUGGGUGCCCUGCCCUCCUCCCCAGCCCCUCCUCCUCCAGGCCACCCUAGUGGGUCCUGUCCAUCUGCGCCUUCAGCUGGGGGAGGGGGCACCUGAGGGUUCCCCCGGAAGCUUCCUGAGCUCCCCCGGACCCUGGGCCCACCUCAUUGUCCUCCUCUGCUCUGUUCUCAGCUGCACCUGGAGAAGACAGAGGAGGGAGGUGGGGCUGGUGUGUGGCCAGGGGCCUGAGCAGCCACCCUGCCUCUCCUCCUCUCCCUCUCUCUCCCCUUCACAGAUCGGAGGACAUUGAUGGACGUGGCCUGGGCGGGGCAGGGGUCCAGCGUGGCCAGGGAGGGCCCCGCAGAGCCCCACCGGUCACCCCGGCUCUGCUGGAGCCCCCGCUCCUCCGGUUGUGAGGGCCUUGUGCUCCGCUCAGCCAGCCACACGUGUGCAUGUGUAUAUGUGUAUCUGUGACUUUCCUUUGGAUUUGUUUCUGUGUUUCUGUAACUCAGUCCCCAAAAUGUUAAGGCUUGCUGAGGGAGAGCAGUGGCCCACCCCAACGCCGGGGGAGACAGAGGUCACAGCUCUUAAGGUCUCCUUCGGAGGGGCAGGCAGCUGAGCCUGCGUGAACUUGGGGAAGGGUGGGCCCCGCCUCCCAGCCCAUCCCAGCUGCUUGCUGGGGACGGGCGGGGACGAGCAGGGACAGUGUACAUAGAUGUGUGUAUUCCGAUGGGUCCAGAUCUUAUUUUUGUUUGUUUGAGUUUUAUUGUUUUUUUUUAAAUAAGAGAGCAGUCCGCUGUCUACCGCACCCUUCCCUGGCUCUGCUUGUAGGCCCCGAGCCUGGGAGCGCAGACGGGCACGAAACGAUGAAACCCGCGUCGUCAGCCUGCGCUGUGGCAGGGCUGGGUGCAGGCGCCUGGCGCAGGUGAACCUCGCUCCUCCUGGAAUUCAGCAUCGCCGUCAUUAAACCCCGUGGGUCGUGCCCAGCUGGGGCUGCCUGUCUCGAUCCAUCUGGAGUCUGCACACACUGGGACCCCAGAGCGGCCUGAAUGUCGCAAACCGGUGGGGAGUGGCUGGCUCUGGGGGAGAGGCUGCGGGGGCCACUCAGAGGCGGUCAGCAGGGCGCGCCGGGGUCCCUGAAUUCAUGGCCCCCUGAUCCAGGCCAGUCCUUGCAGCCAGGCUGGUUCUGUUGGGAAGUGGAGGGUGGGCCCGGGGGUGGUGGUCUGAGCACAUAGCGAGGCCUGGCCCGGGGUAGAGGGGGUGGCACCUCUGCCUGACAGAUGGGCUUCCGGGGCCAGUGGGGACACUGCCGGCCCAGCACCCUGUGCGUGGGGAGGGCCAGGUGUGCGGCAGGAUUCGUUUCCAUUGCUCCUCGACUGGCAGAGGAGAAGGGAAUUAGUGACAGCAACAGCCAAGGGUGAGGCAGGGGAGACACAGCGGCUUCCAGGAAGGAGCGGAGAAGGGGGGGGGCAGGAGGCCCCAGGGAGGAAAGCAGCCUGGACCAGAGGGGUUGUGACACUGGGUGGGCCUGUGGGCCCAGGGGCCCCAGGGGUCUUGAGAAGGAAAGAGAGGUGAGGCCCUCUGCAGUGAGCAGCUGCCCACAACUGGUGGCGCACCCCAGGCCCUCCCCGCAAGCCCGGGGAAGAUCCCCGUCCUGGGCAGCCAGGGACAAGGGAGGCCAGAGCCCAGACCUGCCCUUGAGGAGCUCCUGUGUGUCAGGGAGUGGACGACAGAGUGUAAGUGCAUGUGGCCGUCACGGUGUGAAGGGUGGCGUGGGCCUUGGGAGGGGGCAGCUUGAGCCUAGGGCUGACGUGUCAGCAAGGGCCUGAGGGGGCACGGACACACCCGGGCAGAGCUGGUGCUCCACGCUGUGGACCUGUGCAAAAGCCCUGGGACAGGACUGUGCCUGGUGAGCUGGAGGAACAGCCAGGAGGCCCCUGUGUCUGGAGCAGAGGGAGCAAGAGGGAGGAGGGGAGGGCAGGGAGGGGAUGGGGCAGGUCGUGCAGGGCCUUGGGGAGGACUUGGGCUUUUACCCCAGGAGGGAGGGUAGGAUCCUGGAGGGCUGUGGGCAGAGAGGGGAAGGGAGACCCUUCCCCUUGGUGUGGAGACCUGGAAACAGGUGGGCAGGGGCACAGAGACCAGGGAGGACGCCCUGCCCGGGCAGGCAAUGACAGGACUGCGGCCACAAGCAGGUGGAAAUGGUGAAAGGCAGGCAGGUUCUGGAUUUCUUGUUAAUUUUUUAACGUGUAGUAAAAUGUGUGUAACAUUUUAAGGUGUACAAUCCUGUGGUUUUUGGUAUAUUUACUAUGUUAUGCUGGCCACCACCAUCUAAUUCCAGAACCUUCCAUCACCCCCAAAAGAAGCCCCAGCCCCCUCCCAGCCCCUGACAACCACGAAUCCACCCUCUGUGUCUGCGGAUUUGCCUGUUCUGAACGUUCCCCAUCAAUGGAAUCAGACACUUUUGUGUCUGGCUUCUCUCACUGAGCUCCGUGUUCUCAAAGUUGUUGGCGCGUCACCUCUUUUCAUGGCUAACGUUCCAGUGUGUGGAAGGACCCUGUUUUGGGUUCUGUUCUGCGGUUGGUGGGCAUUUGGGUUGCUUCCGCUGUUUGGCUGUUGUGGAUCAUGCCGCUGUGAACACGCGUGUGCAGAUUCUCGCGCUGGAUGUAUUUUGGAAACAGAUGAAGGACUGGACGGGGGUGGGGUGAGAAGGGAGGACCUGGGAGCUGCAGGGCUGCUGGCCUGAGCACCUGGAAGGGUAGGGUUGAGGUGGUGGAAAGGAAAUUUAGAAGCUUCGUUGGGUUCAGAGGCCCCCAUGCGGCUGUGUUGCGGGGGCAAAGAGGGGGGAGGGCUGAGCCCCAGGCCGGCCCUACCCAGAUGAGCGCCAGCCUCCUCCAGCCUCUGCUCUCCCGGCUCGGCCCCUCAGGGGAGAGGCAGUGGCCUGGAUGGUGGCCAGCAGACCCAGCUGUUGCCAGGACACCGGGCUGCCUUUGUCGCUGUCAGCAAUGGCCCCGCAGGCCUUGGAGGCAGGAGCCCCUGGGCACCCCAAGGCAGACAUGCAGACCCUGAGGCAGGAGGCUGCCCGGCCCUACGUCCCCCGGGGGACCCUGGAAGUGAACCGCCCGGCAUCUCUCUACAGCAAUGACUACCUGUCCCAGGAGGGGCCCCGCCAGACGCUGGCCAUCAAGCAGGCAAUGCGCUGGAACUACACACCCAUGGGACGCGACGCGGCCGGCCAGCUGUGGUACACGGGCCUGACAAACUCGGACUCCCGAGAAGCCUGGAACACGCUCCCUCGGGCUCUGGAUAGCCCGCACUUCGAGGUUUAUGCCAGCAGGCACGGAUGCCACAGCCCCUGGGAGCGCAGCAUGCCCUUGGCCUACACCCAGCGUCUCUGGGAGACCGCCUGGUAUGACCCCAUCAUCCCCGCGCAGUACAGGGGCCCCCGCGCGCAGUAUGGGAGUGUGCUGUGGAAAAACAGACCCAUCCAGGACGAGGAGUACGUGAUCCACAGGCACCAAUUCGGGGUCGAGCCGCUGUGGCGGGCGUCUGGCUACGUGCCAUACCUGUCGGCGCCCCAGCGCCCGCGCUACACCACCCAGAACUACCGGCAGUGGGACCUGGAACCCUGCUGCCCCUCCACCAACCAGCCCCCGCCGGUCUACACGCCCAGUCACUGAUAAAGAUCUCAUGCUGCCCGGUGUGGCUCUUCAGGGACCCGGUGCCUCUCCCGCAAGGGGUCUGUCCACCUCUGGGGCCGGGGCCUGGGGAGGUCAGGCAGCCAGAUAAAGGGAGCUCUGAACCAGGACCCUGGUGACCAAGCUCCAGGGCAGAGUCAGACGACCUCUCCUGCCCUCGGCUCCCCCUGCCCCAGGCCCCAGGCCAAGGCACAGUCCUGGCCCCAGGCGGCUCUUUAUUCACUGUCAGCAGUGGCCUGGGCGCAGGGAGCCGCACUCGGGGCCCCCGGCCCGGCAUGCUGAGCCUCACCAUCGCCACGGCCAGGGUCUGGGCCCAGCCCCCUAACCCCGAGGCUGGGGCUCCUGGCAGGCUCAGCAAUGGCUCUGUCCUCCAGGGCCUGGCGGCACCCGGGAGCAGCACCCGGGAAACCCUAGGCUGGCCGGGGCUGAGCUCGGGGCAGACCCUGUGCCCAGGAGCCUCACAUCCGGCCCCCAUAUGACACAGGGUACCCCGAAUCAUCCAGACAGCUGGGGGUGGGUUAGAGUUGGGAUUGGGGUACCCCAGACCCACAAGGACCCCACCAGCCCCUGAAUACCAGAGGGCCUAGCUCUGUGUCCCCGCCCUAGCGGGGAUAAGCUGCUGGUAUCCCGCCCAUCCUGACCGCGCCCACCAAGCCCCACCCGACCCCGCAGCCAGGCAGGUACGGAACAGACGCAGGAGUGAGAUCAGAGCAGCAAAGGGGCCACUGCAGGCCUCGUUGGGCAGCGAGCGUUCACAGUCGCGGUUAAUUUACAGAGGGUAAGGGACCAUGCGGCAGUGUCAGGGUUGGGCUCCAGGGUCCCCUGCAAGAGAGAAGGGGGUGGAAGUGGGGUUAGGGAGAGCGGGGCCUGUCCUGGCCCAGACCUACACACCCAUGGCUGGUUUGGGGCUUUUGUGGGGUGGCGGGGCCUGCAACUCACAGCUCCGAAGGCGGACGGGCCAGACCAGGAGACAGCACAGAGCCAGGGUGGCGGCCACGCCCACGCCGCCUGUCACGGCCACCAUCACCCAGUGGUAGAAGGCCACGCAGGCUUUGCAGCAGAGCUCUGAGCUGGGGGCGAGGGAAGGGCAGAAGAGGGUGAGCAGACGCCUGUCCACCUGUCCGUACCUUCCAGCCCCAGCCUGGACCUCCUGCUCCUCCCAUCUCAGCCGGGGCACCCCAUCUUUCCCCGCACUCAGGCCAGGACCAAGUGGUUGCCCUCAACCCCCUCCUCCCCUCCAACAGCUGAUACUUCAGUCAGUAAGGUCAGCUCUGCCUUCCAAGUCUACCCCGGACUGCCCAUUUCUCCUCCCUCAGGAUCCAGCCCCGUCACCACCUGCCCCCCACCAUCCUAGUCCCCUCCCUGUUCCCGCCCUCCCUUCCCUGUCUGUCCUCCCCGAAGUAGCCCUCUGUCCUCCCCGAAGUAGCCACCAGAGGGCGCCAGUGAGCACCUGAGUCAGGCCCCACCCCCUCUGCUCACAGCCCUCCAGGGUCCCACCUCCC